CAGCUAGCCCCGUUAUGUUCAGCCACAUGCCUUUAUUAACCACACCUAUAAGCUCUCACACAGGCUCUCUAAAUAUUACACUAUGAGCACAGGCGAUUAUCUGUCAAGAAAGUUGUCGGUAGCAUCCGACAGUUCCAGCAACUCCGAUGAAUCGAUCUUUGAAGAGAGCCGAGUCACCAGAACGAUUUCUCGAGACACAAUCGCCAGCGUCAGCUCCUCUGUCUAUUCCACUGCCCCUUCACACGCAAAGUUCCAAACACGCUCGGUGCAGAAGGCCAAAAGUGGCUCUCACAGUGACAAUGCCUCCGUCUUAGCUUUCACUGCCAUUCCCUCGCGUCAGGUACCAUCAUACUCCGUCCCAGCUAAGGCCAAGGAUAGAGACCAAUCCUACUGGAAGUUUGUCCACACCAAAUUCAGUCCGUACGAGGUCAAAAUGUUGAAUGACGCAUGGUUUACCAAGUUUGGCAAGAAUCAAAACACUGGCUCAUUGAAAGCGCAUUUAUCCUCUAUCCAGUUCUGGCACCACGUGUACAACUCCCAUUUGGACAGCGCCGUUCACAACUCUUUCUUCUCCACCACCAAAGCCCACACCUUCGAGCAGAUCCUCGCACAGUUGCCCCCACCGGCCCACCAACGGAUAGCCAUCAGCAGCAUCCUCAGUUUAUGUAUGGGGCACAUUAAACACUUGAGCGUAGUUCAGGGAAAGUUGGUGAACCUUGGACGGUUGCAUAAGCGUGUCUUCUUGGCCAGCGAGGAGAUACACGAAAGAAAGGCGGUACAUAUCCCCGGCGAGCUGGACUUUAGUGCCACCCACAGCACCCCGGGCUUCAAUCCCGCCAGUUUGGAAAUCCUUGGCGCGGCGGUUUUGCUAGGAAUCAAGGAGUUGUACCACAAUCCUGGUUUGGAAGUCCUGAAGGCGGCGGAGGAAUUGAACAGCAAGGAAGAAGCUGAGUUGUUUGCGUUUAUGACUGCCUUUUCAAAGUUGUGGGGGUUUAUUACCGAAUCCAUGAUGUUGGGGAUUAAGCUAGACUACGACCAUUUGGCCCCCACAGAGAUGCAGUACUCAGAGCCCGGAAAAAAGAGUGUGGAGCCGGCCGCCGUGGAUAACCACUUCACAUUGAACAUUGACGAUUUUAAUGCCCGUCUACAGAAGCAAUUCGGUUCGGGUACGGAACAAAGGAAACCCGGCACUUUUGUCUUCCCGGCCCCCGUCCACCCAAGUUCUGAAGCUGCGGUUAGGCGCAAAGCGUCGGUUUUUUCCUUUUUGCGCGGAAAGGAAGAUGACACUCUCCCCUCUCAGCGAGCUUCCAAGACAAGGGACUUGCACUUGGACAGACAAGCAGCGAGUGUGAGAAAGUACUCAAAAAACCUCUAGGUAUCGUAUGGAGAGACACGAAAGCUAUAUAAUGAUUUAUGAUUCACCUUUGUGAGGUUGCAAUGUAGAUACUAAGGUCUGCACCCUAAACCACGAUAUUACAAUAACAUUCCAGGACCAUCAUUAUGGUAUCUAACAUGCUCUAAUCAGAACCACUUUUCAAAUUUGCCAAACCACUAGCAUCUCACUACCGGUACGGUUUUAGAGUUAUCCAAACCUAGCUGCGAGUAACCUUUAUAAACGAGUCUCCAGCCUAUCGAUCUAAAUCUUAUGCGUGUUACAGAAACAAGUGCGCA